UCUGUCAUCAACCGAAGAUGGUUAAUGCAUGGUUCUGGGUGUUCUACACGAUCGUGUUCUUCGUCUCUGGCUUCUAUGCAAACAGCUACUUGCGCGAGGAGUACGGCGUCGAGAUCGAUCUGAAGGGCAUUGUGAAAGAAGCAAAGAAGGCUGGCCCCUCAGCAUCCAAGAAAUCAGCGUCUUCCAAAAAGUCCUCGUCCAAGCGCUCCUCUUCUAAAAGGCGUGGGGCAUCUACCUCCAAGGCCAGCAGCAGCAAACGCGGAGGCUCUCGCAAGGGAAGUAAGAAGUCGAGCAGCAGCAAGCGUCGUUCUUCCAGUCUGCCACCACCAAAGAAGCAAAUUCCGACACCAAAGGCUAUUGGCUCUGUUGCUGCAUAA